UCCAAUAUUUACCUCUACUUUUUCUCACACUCUCUUGUUCGCUGCAGCUUCAAGGUUCCCUCUUAUUUAACACGCGUUAUCUUGGAAAAUAGCUGCUGAUACAUUUUCAUUUUGUUUCGAGAUCUGAAAUCAGAGCAUCCUUGUUUUCAAUCAAGCCAUGGCUCUGGUUUUGCAUGCGGGAAAAACAAACAAAAAUGCCUUCAAGGCACUCAUUGCUGCUGAAUACAGUGGUGUGGAGGUCAAAUUGGUUGAGAACUUUGAGAUGGGUGUCUCAAAUAAGACUCCUCAGUUCCUCAAGAUGAACCCUAUGGGGAAGGUUCCCGUGUUGGAAACACCUGAGGGUCCUAUAUUUGAGAGCAAUGCUAUUGCGCGUUAUGUUGCUCGCUUAAAGGCUGACAACCCUCUAUGUAGUUCUACAUUGAUUGAUUUUGGUCAUAUUGAGCAGUGGAUUGAUUUUGCAUCAAUGGAAGUUGAUGCUAAUAUUUCAAAAUGGUUCUAUCCAAGAAUGGGAUAUGGUGUUUACCUUCCUCCUGCUGAGGAAGCCGCUAUUGCUGCAUUGAGGAGAGCACUGGGCGCUUUAAACUCUCACCUUGCUUCCAACACCUACCUGGUUGGACAUUCAGUCAGCCUUGCUGACAUCAUCAUGACAUGCAACCUCUAUUUGGGUUUCUCCCAGAUCAUGACUAAGACUUUUACCUCAGAGUUCCCUCAUGUUGAGAGGUACUUCUGGACCAUGGUUAAUCAACCAAAUUUAAAGAAGAUUCUUGGUGAAGUGAAGCAGGCUGAGUUUGUGCUACCUGUUGCAUCGAAGAAGCCUGCCGCCCAGCCAAAGGAAACUAAAUCAAAGGCCAAGGGUGAACCAAAGAAAGAAGCCAAAAAGGAGGUCGAGAAACAGCAAGCAAAGACAGAGGCUGGUGAGGAGGAAGAGGCACCAAAGCCCAAACCAAAGAAUCCUCUUGAUUUGCUGCCUCCCAGUAAGAUGGUACUGGAUGAUUGGAAGAGGUUGUACUCUAAUACAAAGACAAAUUUCCGUGAGGUUGCAAUUAAAGGAUUCUGGGACAUGUAUGAUCCUGAGGGAUACUCACUUUGGUUCUGUGACUACAAGUACAAUGAGGAGAAUACAGUCUCAUUUGUCACUAUGAACAAGGUAGGAGGAUUCCUUCAGAGAAUGGAUUUGGCGCGCAAGUAUGCAUUUGGGAAGAUGUUGGUGAUUGGGGCUGAGCCUCCAUUCAAGGUCAAGGGAUUAUGGCUUUUCCGUGGGCAAAAGAUUCCUCAAUUUGUCCUUGAUGAGUGCUAUGACAUGGAACUCUAUGAGUGGAAGAAGGUUGACAUUUCAGACGAAGCACAGAAGGAACGGGUCAAUCAGAUGAUUGAAGACUGUGAACCUUUCGAGGGAGAGCCUCUGUUGGAUGCCAAGUGCUUUAAGUGAUAAAUUAUCUCUAGCCUGUCAGUUUUUUGGUAGAGUUGUGUGUGUUCACUGUUUCAGAAUUCAGAUAGACUGUUCUGAUAGUAACCAACCAUAUAACUUAUGUUCUGCUAUCUCAUUUUUGAGUUAGAUUCAGAUAUCAUUACAACCAAGUUUUCUUGUCAGAUGUCUGAAUGCGGAUUCGGGAAGUGCUAUUUUUGUUUCACAACUUAUUACUUGUUUUUGGUAAGAAGUAUUUCUCGUUUUAUCGUUUUUAAGCAGCAUGACUUUUUUUUCCUGUUCUUGUUUGGAACGGUUUCUCGACAGUCAAAGGUUUCUAAUGUCUUUUCUUGUAUCAAUGAAGGGAAAGCAGGAAUG